AUGUCAACACAGUUUUAUGAGCUCUAUCGUCAUAGCAGCAUUGGCAUGGCGUUGACAGAUUCGCUCGAUGAGUUGAUUCAAAGCGGCCAUAUCAACCCCCAACUUGCAUUACGUGUGCUAGCGACAUUUGACAAGAGUAUUUCAGAAGCACUUGCUCAACAUGUUCGUAACAAGGCCAACGUCAAGGGUCAUCUGCACACCUAUCGAUUCUGCGACGAUGUAUGGACGUUCAUUGUGGAGAACCCCAACUUCAAGUUUGAACAAGAGUCAGUUACUGCUGAAAAGGUCAAGAUUGUCGCAUGUAACGCCAAACGUCCUGGUGAACAGUAG